AUGGUUAACUUUACUAGCGUUGUGCCAGAGGAUAGCUACAUGACAAAUACUGCUAAUCGACAGGGAGUUGGGUGUUGUCAGGCUCACGGUGUCGAAUCCAUUGUCACGACAAUGGAGUCCGAUAACUUCGUGUCAGAGUUUGAGACUCCUAUUGCCGAACCAGAAGCAAUAAUGGAUUACCAGACUGACGUCGUCGUGCCAGCACAAGUUCCAACAGCAGACAGCGACAGUGUCAUGGCCGGCGCUCUGCAGAUUCUCCACAACGAAUCGGAGUUGUAUGCAGACGAGGUUGACAAUUUCCUGGCAACGCGGGCCGACAUUCCAGAGGUAAAGCAGCUUUGUUCGGGCUACAGCGGCGUUAUGCCUUCUGAGAACAACAGGUCACCUACUGUCGAAGAGGAGCCUGAAGAUGAUCAGGGCUUCAGAGUCGAGCCAGAUUCCAGCACGUCAAAGUCUGAAGCUCCCGUUACAGAAUCGCAGAAUUCCUUCACGACCCCCUGCUAUGAGGGUGAUGAACUCUCCGACGAAGAAAUCGUCUGGGAGGACGUGGAAUUGAAGGCCGAUAGUGCCACGACAGAUUUCUAA